CACUCAGCUGAGGCACACAGUGAGCUCAAGAAGUCCUGAAACCAGCACUAGCAGAAGAACCAGCAGCAACUCUUAGAGAAAUCAGCCAGCAUCCCUUCUCGAUUGAAGCAGAGCACCAUGGCAGGCAGUACUGUCCUUCACUUGGGCUUCCUUCUGACGCUCGCAGGAAUUCUCCUCUUCGCAUGCAGUUCCGCACAAAGAGUUAGAGUAAGAAGACAAAAUAUGAAGGUUCGCAUCAAUGCCACCGGAGAUACAAUUGUUUUGAAGUUUGUUCGACCCAACCCUGAUGUCAAACUUGAAGGCUACAUCUUAGGCUAUGGCUCCAGCAUGUUCUCCAAACAGUUCAUCCAGCUUCCAGAAAACGGAGAACCCUAUGAGACAGAGAUUGAUGCCGAGCCUAAGUACCUUGUGGCUGUUCAGCCAAUGCCAACCAAUGAUGUUAAGAAGCACUGCACAGGUAAAGUGAACCUGGAGAAACCUCUUCACCUGGUGAUUGAUUCUGUCACACCAACAUCUGUGCUUUUAUCCUGGGGAACCUACUUAAAGACACCCUAUGAGGGAAACAUCAUGAACGACUGCUUGGAGGAAGGGCACUACACCAUACGCUACAGAGAAAGAAACAGGAAGUGGAUCUACCAGACCUGCUCCACCUCUGAUACCGUGAUUGACAACCUCAAGCCCAACACACCCUAUGAAUUUGGUGUCCGACCCAACAAAGAUGACCGAAGUGGAAUGUGGAGUAAGCCAGUGAUCCACAACACCAACAUGGGAGAUAAAAUCAUGCAGAUAAACUACAAGCACAACAGACCAAUUGCGAAACCUUUGGGUGGACCUCACAGCCCGUUCCCACUUCGACCUGUUCCCAACAACAUAAGCCACCCAGUGCCAUCCAAAAACACAGGCAUUUUUGGAGGUCCCAAGACAUCUUUUGCGCCUCCAAUGGGCCAGCAAGGAACUGUGGCUGCUCCAAGAGCCAAUGAGCCAAAAUGGCCUCAGCUCCCAUUGGAUACAGACAGUCAUGUUAGAAAUGACUCCUCUCAGCUGGUGGAGAUCCCCCGCAUCCUUCCCCAACUCCUACCCACUAAACCCUUUCGUUCUUCAGCUUCCCCAACUCCCCAAUCCCUUACCAGCAGUACCCGGGCACCCCUACAUGGACAUCCUCAAAACAAGGCACCUAGUGCCACUCAGAUGCCACAUGGUUCCUCUGGUAAGAACAUCCGGGGAGACAUCUCUUCUCUUCCAUCCAAACCUGCCAAUUCAGUCCUAACAGUGACCACCAGGAACCAGACAUCACUGGGCAGAAACCCUUUCUCUUUCUCUAAUGGCAUGAGACAUUCUCCCCCCAGGCUUGGAGACCCCUCAAGAAGACAUGGGGGUUCUUCAGCAGGACGCCCGAAUAAUGCACUUAAAAACCCUAAUGUUGUGGGCAUGCAUGAAAGAAUAGGAAAAGAUAUGAAACCAGACGUGAACCAGGACAAAGCUUCUAUCUUGAUGCCCAAGUUGCCCCCUGUUACAGCCAAACCAUCCAAACCAAAGACAACAUCUGCUCCAUCAGUGACAGCACCCAAGUAUGAGACCUGGGAGAACUCUUCAAGUUUCAGCCCUGUCCCUGCUUCUAAAGUUGAUGCCAUGGGCAAAGAGCGCUACAUUGCUCCACAUGUGGUCUACAAGACAGAUAAGAAGCCAGAUGAACCUUGCUCCAUCACCACCUCUCUAACUUACUUCCCCGAAGAGGAGGGUGGAGAACAAAAUGUCACCAAUCCUCCAAAAACAGCACCAUCCAACCUCACCGUUGUAACAGUAGAAGGAUGUCCCUCCUUCAUUAUUCUCGACUGGGAGAAAACAGAUAAUGAGACAACAGAGUAUGAGGUCAUCUCAACUACCAAAGGUCCUGAUGGUGAACAGGUUUCCAUUCUGACAACUAACCAGACACAUACCGCUGUGGAAAACCUCAAACCAGAGAGCAGUUAUGAAUUCAAAGUGAAGCCAAAGAAUGAGCUUGGUGAAGGGCCAUCCAGUGAACCUGUAUCCUUCAGCACAGAGUCUGCGGAUCCUCGAGUGAGCGAAAACGUUUCAGGUAAAGAUGCCAUUUGGACACAGUUCCCUUUCAAAACCGACUCCUAUUCUGAGUGCAAUGGGAAGCAGUAUGUGAAAAGGACAUGGUACCGCAAAUUUGUUGGUGUCCAACUCUGCAACUCCCUGCGGUACAAGAUCUACCUGAGUGACUCUCUCAACGGCAAAUUCCACAAUAUUGGAGACCAGACCGGUUUUGGUGAAGACCACUGCCAGUUUGUGGACUCAUUCUUAGAUGGCAGAACGGGAACUCAGCUUCCCGCAGACCAGCUACCAUCCAGACCAGGCUUCUAUCGGGCCAUGAGACAAGAGCCAGUUCAUUUCGGCCAGAUAGGUGGAAACUCCCAUGUCAACUAUGUUGCAUGGUACGAGUGUGGUACACCAAUCCCAGGGAAAUGGUAGGACUAAAGCAAGCGUCCACAUGGAACCCUGAAGAGCAACUCUCAUUGGUUGGGGUUGGUGCCUACUAAGGUCACAUGACAGGCUUUAUUUACUGUUUUCCCCCACCAGUGAUGCUGAGUUUGGUCACUCCUCAGCCUACGUCACAGAAGUUCAUACCAUGUAUAAUAAUGUACAGGAUCAAAGAGUCAGGGAAUACUAUUGAGUGCAUCUGUGAUAUGUAAUAAAAACAAUGCCUCACCGUUUUAUUUAUCAUAUAAUAACUAGUAAAAAUGGUUCAUUAUGAGAAAUUACUUCAGAUACAUUGAAGUGAUGAACAUAAAGUAAGGUAAAAAUACUUGUUUAAAUAUUGGGAAGCUGGCUCCCUGAAACUAUUUUGAUAUUUUGUGUAAUAUUAUUUAUCAAAGUUUGUGGUUUCUUCACUGGCUUUCUUCCAGUGGUAAAGGGCCAGGCUUUUAUUAAGCGCUUUAAGGACAGCCUGGGAUUUGUCUACAACCAGAGGCAGCUGUAUUAAUUUAGGUCUCUGAUAUGUCAGAUGAUAUGUAUAGUUAGCUACAUUGUUUUUACAAACACAUCAUACUGGCUUUACAAGUCAGUUUUCCCACACUAGAAUAGAAAGAAUGGACUCAAGACAACAACACGUCUAUGUUUACAACGGGUUGGGAUGAACAUGAUAAUUUUCCUUACAUAUGCACACACACACACACAAAACAUGUCCACUUUCACUCAGAUACUUUGUAUCAUGACUGUAGUCUUUCAAUGGUAUGUUUGAUGGUUCUAGACUGUAAGGAUGACCUUACACUUGCAAUUUGCACAGCACAAAUGUAUUUAUAUGUAUAUGGAGAAAGUAUUUUUUCAGGAAACCUAAGAGAGAAUUAAAAAUCCUUUCCCCUCAAGCUUGUGAAAUACAAUACAAGUAAAAAAAAAUCUAGCUUUUUUGAGUGUUAACACAUUCAAAGAGUCUUGAAGAUCUUAAUACUUCAAGGAGAGCUUGUCUGGGUCCCAUAUUUUGUACAGUUUGGUCCCUGCCAAUCCUUUGGCAGAGUUUCUCUGGCGUAUCCGUAUUUUCAUGGAAUUUGUUUGUAAGAUGAAACUGUUGUUUGUUGUUGUUAUUGUUCUGGAUUUGUUUUUCUCUGUAUGUAUUUUACAGUAAUAAAUAACAGAAGUUUGGUUUCUUUUUUUAA